GGUGCCCCCGGGCUGCCCGCCGGCCCGGCCUCCGGUAACUGAUUGCGGGACCAGGACACUCCGCUCCGGCGGGAGCCGAUCCCCGGAGGCUGCGUGCGGCCGGCCCCGCGCCAUGCGCCCCGCCCGGAGCGGCGCCCCCCGCUGGCUGCCCCCGGCGCUGCUGCUGCCGCUGCUGCUGUGCUGCCCGCUCGCCGCGCGGGGUGACUGCGGGCUCCCCCCCGACAUGCCGGGCGCCACGGCCCAGCUGGAGGGCCGCACGGCCUUCCCCGCCGGGGCCCGGGUGGGCUAUUACUGCAACGAGGGCUUCGCGAAGAUCAUUGGGAAGGUCAACGUGGUGCACUGCCUUCCCGGAGGCGAGUGGACGAGGCUGGAGGUGUUUUGUCAACGUAGCUGUGGGAUUACACCCAGUGUACUUUAUGGACAUAAGAAAGAUAUUUACAUCCCAGUGAGUUCUCACCCAGCGGGUUUUGUUGUGGAAUAUGAGUGUAAUCCGGGCUACGCCAGGAACCAUUCCGUAUCAGCGAACAUAACUUGCCUUCAGAAUUAUACGUGGAGCAAACCAGAAAUAUUUUGCUACAAAAGAUCAUGUCCUGAUCCUGGAAAAAUAGAAAAUGGUCAUAUCAGAAUACCAACUGACAUAUUAUUCACCUCAUACAUCUACUUCUCAUGUGACCCAGGGUACAAAUUAGUUGGUAAAAGUUCUACUUCCUGUUAUUAUGAAGGAAAUGAUAUGAUUUGGGAUGAUCCAUUUCCAAAGUGCCAAGAAAUUCCUACAACUCCUCAGACACCCACCACAAUGGAUGCUCAAGGUACCAAAGCCCCGUCAGCUCCUCCAAAACCCACCACAGUGAAUGUUCCAGCUCCAAAGUCCCCGCCCACCCCUCCACAUCUCACCACAGCAAACGUUCCAGACACAGAAGGCACACCAGCUCUUCAGAAUCUCACUACAAGAAGUUCUUCAACUACAAAAGCCCUCCUAAUUCCUCAGAACCCCACCUCACCUGUUCUAGCUAUGGAUGCCCCACCACCUUCUCAGAAACCCGUCACAGCCAGUGACUCAGCCACAACUGCCAACACAUCUCCUCUCUCAAAGGCUCUAUCUACAGAGCCCCAGCUAGCAGUCCAGACUCUCCUCCUGACAGAUUCUCCUGCUACACGAGCCACACCAGAACCCCAGAGCCUCACAACAGCAAAAGCCUCACAUGCACAGAGUCUUCCAGAAACACAAACAUUCUCUACUGUACAUGUCCCAGUGACUGAGGGUCCCCAGACAACCCAAAGAUUGACCUCUGCUCAUAUUGCAGCAACACAGAAUCAAACUGUUUUCACGCCACCUAGCACCUCUAGAGGAAGCGGACUCCUUACAGCAGUGGUGACCAUCACUGCAUCUGGACUUACUGUUGGUGCUGUAAUAAUUUUUAUUAUAAUUAUAAACAAAAAAUUUGGAAGAUCAAGCUCUUAUUACCUCCAUGAGAACAGCAAAGCACUCAAUGUUAUGUUUCAUGAUUUCACAGAGACUGAUGCCUCAGAAGUAUGUCCUGGUAAAUGACAAAAGGAAACACAUUUAUGACAUUGACAGUUUUGCUUAUGAUGCUGGUAGCCAUUGGCUACAUGACUUAGCCAAAGAAGAGAUAAGAAGAAAGUGCAUACAAGUACACAGAAUAUCCUAGUUUUUAUGAGUUUCUGGAAGCACAGACACAAUCUAUGCAGCGGUGCUCUUCAUCUUGCACGUUAUCAGUGUCUUUAAGGUGUGCAACAAUGUCAAUAAAGCAAGAAGAAA